CCUAUAGCAAGAUUAAUAGAAGAGGACGUGUUGCCGAUAAAGUAUUGCAAUAAUAUAAUUAAAUCUGCGGCAGAAUUUUUCGGUCCCAGUUGCACGCCUAAUUCUUUAAUCGAUAAAUAUAACCCAACAGGUGACAAUCCUCAAAAAUGUGCGAACUCUGCGAAGGUAAAAAGAGUAACCGUUGCAGUGGAAACAAUAAAUAUGCUAAUUUCGAAGGUGCCUUUAAUUGUUUGUUGAAUAAUGGAGAGGUAGCUUUUCUAAAAGACAGCACCGUUCGUGAAAUGACAAGUCAGCGCAAUUACAGGGGACCUCCUGCAUCCGAAUUUAAACUAGUCUGCCCAUUCAAUAGAAAAGAGACAUCCGCUCCUGUCGACGACUUUCGUUCGUGUAAUUGGGGUUAUGUACCUGCUCAUGUUGUUGCAGUUAGUUCCGUUCUCCUGCCAGAAACAAGAAAAAGAUACCAAAGAUUUUUAAAGCUUGCAGUUAAGUUAUUUGGUAGAAAUAAUCCGUAUUCUAGCAACUGGAAUCCCGAUUAUCCUCCUCCUCCUCCUUCUCAUUUCAAUGCUUCAUAUAGAGGAGGUUCUAACUAUUACCCUUACAAUAGAAGAAGCCUUUCAUCAAACAGUGUGUCUGAAAAAUCUUUUCAACUAUUCAAAUCGGGAACCAGAGAUGAUCGCGAUCCAUACAAAAACAGCACCAAUCUUCUGUUUCUAGACACAACUACUAAUUUAGUUGCUCUAGAUGCCACCAAACAGAUAUUUGCUGGAUAUCUUGGAAUAAAGCAAGAUUUAUAUAAAACACUACAAAAAUGUCCUUUUUCACCUGCUAAAUUGUGUGUAGUGUCAGUUGCAGAAUAAAAGAAAUGCAAUAAGAUGAGAACAGCAUUUAGAGCAAAAAUGUUGAAACCUGACUUAGUUUGCAUAACUGGUCACAGUCAAAGAGAUUGUAUGCAGUUGAUCAAGGAUGGUCAAGCAGAUUUAACAGUGUUAGAUGCGGGUGAUAUUUAUCAUGCAGGA